CUUGUUCGAAAAUAUGCUGAAAUAGUCAAAACAUUACUCCUCGGCACCCCAUUGACAAAGUCAUAUUCAUCCUCCCUGAAGAACACCACCACCACCAACCCCAUCUCUCUCAAAAUCUCUCACAUAACAAACCAACAAAAUAUAUUGAGAAACAAAAGGUGAGUGAAACAAACGUUAAUAUUUAAUAGCGUAUGCAUCAAGCUACAUCACAAACCUUAAACAAAUUAUUUUAAGGUAUAACAUAACAUUGUUGAUUGUCAUGUACUCACCAAUAACUCAGCAAGCAUGGAAGGCAGUGUUGAGUUGGUUUGGUUUCUUCUAUCAAAUAUUUUCUCAGAUUAUUGGAUCAUUCGCGGAUAAUUAUCCUUUACUUUCUUUGUCUUCCAAUUCUUCCUUCAAACCUCUAUCAUCUUUGGAUCAUGAAUCCGCUGUUCAGAUCAUUGAGGACGCGGAUCACCAACAGCCACAAAAGCUCACGGUAGUGCUUGACUUGGAUGAAACACUGAUAUGUGCAUAUGAGACAUCAAGUGUGUCAGAUGAGCUAAAAACUCAAGCAACUCAAGCUGGUUUAAAUUGGUUUGAGCUCGAAUGUGUAUUCGAUAACAAGGAAGCAGAUGGAGAACCAAUAAUCAAUUAUGUUACCGUCUUUGAACGCCCCGGGCUGAAAGAAUUCUUAAAGCAACUUAGCGAAUUUGCUGACCUGGUUCUGUUUACUGCUGGUGUUGAAGGUUAUGCUAGACCACUUGUUGACAGAAUAGACACAGAAAACUGGUUUAGUCUAAGACUUUAUCGACCCUCAACAAUUCGCACCGAACAUCGGGAGUAUGUAAAAGAUCUUACAUGCAUAUCAAAGGAUCUAUGCAACAUUGUUAUUGUAGACAACAAUCCCUAUAGCUUUUUAUUGCAACCAGACAAUGGAAUUCCAUGCGUACCAUUUUCGGCAGGACAACCACAUGACACUCAGCUUCUAGAUGUUAUUCUUCCAAUUCUCAAGGACCUCUCUGACCAGAAAGAUGUUAGACAUGUGCUCUAUGAAAAGUAUCAUAUGCCUGAAUGGUUUCAACAACAUGGGAUUCCAGCUCCCAGUUGACAAAAUUGAAAGUUCUUCUGAUUAAACUCUUGUUUUUUUUUUUUUGCUUCUUUUUAUAUGUUUUUUCAUUUUGAGAAAAGCUGAUCAUUUAGCACCAGAGAUAUUAAUGUACAUUAUCAAUUUGUUCCUAGAGCAUUCAGAAGUUUCAAAUGCUGCUUCUUGAAGUCAAAUCAGCUUCUCAAUUUAUACAUGUAGAUCACUAGAAUACUGAUUUCUUGUUUACAUGCUUGAAAUCUUUUGAAAAGUACCUAGUAUAUUCUGAUUAAUUUUUUUUUGUUUAAUUAGGCUUUCCAUAGUUCACUACAGUGUAGUUUGCUGCAGCCACUGUUAUGAGAAACAUUGAAAUA